ACAUCAUUCAUCAAGAUGAUCAAGAGUUUAUUGAUCGCUUUAAUACUAGCGAUUGCAGUACUAAACAACGUUCAGCCUGCAUGUAGAAAUCCGAGUUCUCCAACAACUGCUUCCGGAUGGAAAGCUCCCAAAGGUCCCUUCUGUUCCGGUCAACUGAUCUUCGAGGACAACUUCAACUGGCUCGAUCGCGCCGUCUGGGAACAUGAGAACUCUCUCGGUGGUGGCGGGAACAACGAGUUCCAAUGGUACUCGGGAGGUGGUCGCAACUCGUACGUAAAGGAUGGACACUUUUACCUCCGGCCAACGCUGACUGCCGACGAAUUCGGGGAAGAAUUUCUCACCAGCGGUACGAUUGAUCUCAACCAAGGUCCCACUUAUGACAGAUGUACCGACGAGCCAUCUUGGGCUGCCCAAAUCCAGGGAUGCUACCGGAAGGGUUCCCCGUCCCGAAUUCUGAAUCCCGUCCGGAGUGCCCGAGUUCGCACGGUCAACGCAUUUGCUUACAAGUACGGCAGGUUGGAGAUCCGUGCCCGGCUACCCGCUGGUGACUGGAUUUGGCCAGCGCUGUGGUUGCUACCCAAGGGCGAUACGUACGGGUGGUGGCCAAAGUCGGGCGAGAUUGACCUCAUGGAGUCCCGUGGAAAUCGGAACCUGUGGCUCAACAACGAAAACAUUGGUGUUAAAAAAGUUUCUUCGUGUUUGCACUUUGGAGAGAACUCCAACUACCGCAGCAUGCAGUGUGGAUCUGCCAGAAGUCAGAAUGGCUUUGAUGGACAAUUCAACAACUACCAGCUAACGUGGACGCCGAACGUCGUUCAGUUUGGGAUCAACGGAAAGGUAUUCCGGACCGUUACCCCUUACGAGGGAUUCUGGAAACUCGGUGGAUUUAGCUACAAUCCUUGGCCGACAGGAACGAAAAUGGCACCGUUCGACAGGGAGUUCUACCCGGUUAUGAAUGUGGCCGUUGGGGGAGACUACUUUCCGGACAACGCUUGGAACCCCCAAAGGAAGCCAUGGGCGCAGGGAUCACCCAGUGCGAUGACGGAUUUCUAUAAAGCUAAAUCACAAUGGUAUGGGACGUGGGGUGAAGAGGCGGCACUGCAGAUCGAUUACGUGAGAGUUUGGGCGAUAUAACGCGUGGAAAAUUAUAAAACUAGUACUAGAUCAUUGCAACUGUAAUGGAAAAUAAAUUAAAAAUAUAUUCUAUUUGAAUAAAAAAAAGUCUCAAACAA